CCACUGCUCAGGUAAGACAAAACGCCUGGGGAAGUUGGCGACUUUUCACGCCACUGACAGGAAUGGAUAUUGUUGGUUAAACUCACGGAUUGUUAAAACUUAACUACCAUGGCUUUGUCGGAACUUUAUACGAAGUACAACAGAGUGUGGAUACCUGAUGAAGAGCAUGUCUGGAAGUCAGCAGAGAUCCUGAGAGACUUCAAACCCGGAGAUGAGACUUUGCAACUGCAGCUUGAGGAUGGCACUGAGAUGCUGUACUCCCUGGACACAUCCAGUCCUCAGCUCCCUCACCUCCGCAACCCUGAUAUCCUGGUGGGGGAGAAUGACCUGACGGCUCUCAGCUACCUCCACGAACCAGCAGUUCUACACAAUCUCAAAGUGCGCUUCGUGGAGUCCAAGAUCAUCUACACGUACUGCGGAAUCAUCCUGGUGGCUGUCAACCCAUACAAGCAGCUUCACAUCUAUGGAGAUGCAGUCAUUCAUGCCUACAGUGGACAGAACAUGGGAGAUAUGGACCCUCACAUCUUCGCUGUGGCAGAGGAGGCUUAUAAACAGAUGGCCAGGAACAAUAAGAACCAGUCUAUCAUAGUGAGUGGUGAGUCUGGAGCGGGGAAGACUGUGUCUGCUAGAUAUGCCAUGAGGUACUUCGCUAUGGUCAGCAAGUCUGGCAGCAAAACACACGUGGAAGACAAAGUUCUGGCAUCCAACCCAAUAACUGAGGCUAUAGGAAAUGCCAAGACGACCAGGAACGACAACAGCAGUCGCUUUGGGAAGUACACGGAGAUCAGCUUCGACAAGAGAUAUCAGAUCAUCGGGGCCAACAUGAGGACAUAUCUCCUGGAGAAAUCUAGAGUGGUUUCCCAGUCAGAGAGCGAGAGAAACUAUCACAUCUUCUACCAGAUGUGUGCCUGUGCAGACCAGCCUGAGUUCAAGAGCCUGAGACUGUUGAGGGCAGAUGAGUUCAGGUACACCAGUAUGGGAGGGGAGACUGGUAUCGAGGGCGUGGACGAUAGGAAGGACAUGGAGGAGACACGCAGGACCUUCUCUCUGUUGGGGUUAAGCGAGGACUUCCAGGCUGAUGUGUUCAAGGUGCUGGCUGGGAUUCUACACCUGGGAAAUGUAGAGAUCAGAAACGUUGGAUCAGACAGGUCAUCAAUUAGUUCCAGUGAUCCCCACAUGGCAGCCUUUUGUGACCUUCUCGGGGUCAGUCCUGACGGUGUUACCCGUUGGCUGUGCCACCGCCGGUUCGUCAUGGUGGCAGAGACGGUGGUGAAGCCGGUAACCAGCAAGCGGGCGGUGAACGCCAGAGAUGCCCUCGCCAAGCAGAUCUACGCCCACCUGUUUGACUGCGUCAUCCAUAAGAUCAACGCAGCCCUGCAGGUCCCAGGGAAACAGCACUCCUUCAUAGGAGUACUGGAUAUCUAUGGCUUUGAAACAUUUGACGUCAACAGUUUCGAACAGUUUUGCAUCAACUACGCCAACGAGAAACUGCAACAACAAUUCAACUUGCAUGUGUUUAAGCUGGAACAGGAGGAAUACAUGAAGGAAGAUAUUCCCUGGACUCUGAUAGACUUCUAUGACAACCAGCCGGUCAUUGACCUGAUUGAAGCUAAAAUGGGCAUCCUGGACCUGCUGGAUGAAGAAUGCCUGUUCCCACAGGGUACAGAUCAGAACUGGAUUCAGAAGCUGUACAACUACCUGGUUGACAACCCUCUGUUUGAGAAGCCCAGGAUGUCCAACGAAGCCUUCAUCAUCCAACACUUUGCUGAUAAGGUAGAAUAUCAGUGCUGGGGCUUUCUAGAGAAGAACAGAGACACACUGUAUGAAGAGCUGAUAGACACCAUGAGAACCAGUAAGUUUCCUCUCCUGGCCAACUUCUUCCUGGAGGAGGAGCCAGGCGGAGUCGGUAGUAAAGGCAUUAAAGUGAGGCCUGCCCGGCCUGGGGUGAAACCAGCCAAUAAGAAUCUCAGGACCACCGUGGGUGAGAAAUUCCGUAGUUCUCUGUACCUUCUGAUGGAGACACUGAACGCCACCACCCCUCACUACGUACGCUGCAUCAAGCCCAACGAGGAAAAGAUGCCUUUCGAGUAUGACUCUAAGCGGGUGGUCCAGCAGCUGAGGGCGUGUGGAGUCCUGGAGACCAUUCACAUCAGCGCUCAGAGCUACCCUUCCAGGUGGACGUACAUAGAGUUCUACAGCCGGUACAGUAUACUGAUGAGCCAACAGGAGCUGCUUCUCACCGACAAGAAGCAGACUUGUAGGACGGUGCUGCAGAGGCUGAUUCAGGACUCCAACCAGUACAAGUUUGGCCGGACCAAGAUCUUCUUCCGAGCGGGUCAGGUGGCGUACUUGGAGAAGCUGCGAUUGGACCGUCUCCGAGGGGCGUGUGUGACCAUCCAGAAGCAUGUGAGGGGGUGGAGCCACAGGAGGACCUUCCUCCGUAUGAGGGAGGCGGCCGUCGUCCUGCAACAGUACGUCCGCGGACAGAGACGGAUACGUAAAUCGGUGACGGCUGCAGCGUUGAAGCAAGGCUGGGCUGCUGUGGUCAUUCAGAGGUACUGGAGAGGUUAUCUAACCAGACAGAUCUAUAGAACGGUCCGGUCCUCCUCUAUCAUCAUACAAGCCUUCACUAGAGGCUGGAUAGCCAGGAAACGCUACAAAAAGAUGGUGGAGGUGCAGAAAGCACUAAUCUUACAGAAGUAUGCCCGGGCGUGGCUGGCCAGGAGGCGCUUCCAGACCCUGCGUCGUCUGGUACAUAACGUACAACUCUCCUACAGGUGCCAGCAGCUCAGGAAGAAACUGGAGGAUCAGGGCAAAGAGAACCGUGGGUUGCUUGAGAGGCUGACAGGUCUGGCCGGUGCUCACGCCCAAGGUCUCGACAAGCUGCACAGUCUGGAGGCCCAGCUGGGGAAAUCAGCCACUGAGAAGGCUUCGCUAGAGGAGCGAGAGAAGAAGAGCAAGGAGGACGCCACCAAGACGAUCGCCCAGCUUCAACAGGAAAAAGACAGGUUCAUUGUGGAAAAGCAGGACUUGGAGAAGAAACUUGCGGAUACAGCAAUAGAGAUGAAAGACAGCUUCGAUCAAAUCAAGACGACUCUGAGAGAAGAUCUGGAACGAGAAGAAAGAUUGAGGAAGAUCGCAGAGAACAACCUUGACCUGCAGAAGGAGGACCAUGAGAAGGAGGUGGAGGUUCUGAGGGAGGAGAACAGGAGAUUGAAGGAGGAGAGAGUCCGCUUGCAGAGACAGACGGAGGAGGGUGCGCAGGUCAACACUGAUCUACAGGACCAGGUCAUACAGCUCACCAAGCACGUCAAGGUGAGGUUGAAGGUCAUUGGUCAUACAGCUCACCAAGCACGUCAAGGUGAGGUCAUUGGUCGUACAGCUCACCAAGCACGUCAAGGUGAGGUCAUUGGUCGUACAGCUCACCAAGCACGUCAAGGUGAGGUCAUUGGUCAUACAGCUCACCAAGCACGUCAAGGUGAGGUUCAAAGGUCAUUGGUCAUACAGCUCACCAAGCACGUCAAGGUGAGGUCAUUGGUCGUACAGCUCACCAAGCACAUCAAGGUGAGGUCAUUGGUCGUACAGCUCACCAAGCACAUCAAGGUGAGGUCAUUGGUCAUACAGCUCACCAAGCACAUCAAGGUGAGGGUUCAAGGGUCAUUGGUCGUACAACUCACCAAGCACGUCAAGGUGAGGUCAUUGGUCGUACAGCUCACCAAGCACAUCAAGGUGAGGUCAUUGGUCAUACAGCUCACCAAGCACAUCAAGGUGAGGGUUCAAAGGUCAUUGGUCGUACAACUCACCAAGCACGUCAAGGUGAGGUCAUUGGUCGUACAGCUCACCAAGCACAUCAAGGUGAGGUCAUUGGUCAUACAGCUCACCAAGCACAUCAAGGUGAGGGUUCAAAGGUCAUUGGUCGUACAACUCACCAAGCACAUCAAGGUGAGGUCAUUGGUCAUACAGCUCACCAAGCACGUCAAGGUCAUACCUGAGUUACGGAAGGAUCUUCAUAACCUCCAAACCCAGAGAGAUGAUCUGGACCGGAGAAUGAAGGGGCAGUCAGAAGAAGCGAUAGCUAAGAUGAGUGUGAUUACAAGACAACUUCUUGGUGGCAUGAUGGAAGACGAGGUCAUUUCCAGGUUGGCCUCCGAUGGGCCAGACCAGAUGUAUGAAGCUGGGGAUCUGUUGACGGCUUUUGAUGGGCUGCAGAAAGCUACCAGAGUGCUGGAGAGAAAGCAGAAGGAACAGAAAGAUGUCUCCGACAGUCAGAUAGAGGGGCUGACGUUCAAGGUGGAACACCUGCAGAACGAAAACAAUCAGCUGCAAAAACUGUUCCAAGAAAAAAUGUCCGUCAACGACAGCAUCGGCCAGGAGGUGAGCAGGCUGAACCAGGAAAACAUGGUCAUACCUGAGCUGAAGCAGACGGUGUCAGAGCUACAACGACAUAAACAGGAACUGGAAGACCGACUGGAGGAGCAGGCUAGAGGGAUGACAGAGAAAAUUGAGGAGAUGUCCAAAAAGCUUGAGAUGAAUGUUGAAGAGGAAGCCUCCCAACGCAGGCUGUUGGAGCAGCAUGAGCAGGUGGAGCGGGAGAAGGAGGAGGUGGAGAGGAGGGUGGAGGAGCUGGAGGAGGUGCUCAGGAGACAGAAGAACGCCGAGGUCGAGGCCAAGGCCAGAUUCAGUCAGGAGACAUCGCGACUCACUGCAGAGAACAUGGACUUUGAAGAACAGCUCGACAUGAAGGAACGGUUGAUAAGGAAGCUACAAAAUAAAAUCAAGAGUCUUCAAACAUCCGAGAAAGCCAAUCAAACGCCAGCGCCCACUAUUCCCAAAGAAUACCUCGGAAUGUUGGAGUACAAGAGGGAGGAUGAACCCAAGCUCAUUCAAUACAUUAUUCUGGACCUGAAACCCAGGGGGGUGGUGGUGAACAUGAUCCCCAACAUGGCCGCCCAGCUUCUCUUCAUGUGUGUCCGCCACGCUGACUACCUGAACGACGGAGCAAAGCUCAAGUCUCUCAUGAACGCCAUAAUCAGCGGGGUUAAGAAGGUCAUCACGGAUCACCAAGCAGAUUUUGAAUUGCUGUCAUUCUGGCUCUCGAACAUGUACCACAUGCUCAACUGUCUGAAGCAGUACAGUGGAGAAGAGGAGUUUAUGAAACAGAACUCUCCGCGUCAGAAUAAGAACUGCUUGCAGAACUUUGACUUGUCUGAACACAGGCAGAUCUUCAGUGAUCUGGCCAUCCGUAUCUACCACCAGUUUAUAUCUGUUAUGGAGAAGACUCUUGUGCCUAUGAUCGUUCCUGGUAUGCUGGAGCAUGAGAGUCUCCAGGGAAUCUCUAGUAUGAAGCCUACAGGUUUCCGUAAGCGUUCCAACAGUAUCUAUGAGGACCAGGAGAUCUACACCAUCUCUUCUCUCCUCCAGCAGCUCAGUCUGUACCACAUCACUAUGAGUCAGCACGGGAUGGAGGAGGGGCUGGUCAGACAGGCUGUGAAACAGACUUUCUUCCUGGUGGGUGCGGCCACACUCAACAACAUCCUGCUACGCAAAGACAUGUGCUCCUGUAGGAAGGGCAUGCAGAUCAGGUGUAACAUCAGUUACCUGGAGGAGUGGCUGAAGGAGAAGGACCUGGUGCAGGGUACCAGUGCCAUGGAAACUCUGAAGCCUCUGUGUCAAGCUGCCUGGCUGCUGCAGGUCAACAAGACCACUGAUGACGACGCUAAGGAAAUCGUAGAACAAUGCUCUGAACUCAACACUGUACAGAUUGUCAAGAUUCUGAAUUCUUACACGCCCAUUGAUGAUUUCGAGAAAAGGGUGGCACCGUCGUUUGUCCGCAAAGUUCAGGGCUUGCUCCAGGACCGUGAAGGGGGAUCCUCCCAGCUGAUGCUGGACACCCAGUAUCGUUUCCAGGUCACCUUCCCCUUCACCCCAUCCUCUCAGGCCCUGGAGCUACUGCAGCUGCCAUCCAGCCUCAGACUGGGCUUCCUCACCAGGAUCUAAACCCCUGGCCUCUGGGGGAAGCGGUAGCCUUGACUCUAGAGAAGCGGUCCAGUAACCUAAAGGUUGCUGGUUUGAAUCCCAGGGAUGACGGGGAAAAGCUGGCAGGAGUGAGGUGCCAGUGUCUGCCAGUGUCUCGGGUGCCACCAACUGCCAUUGUAGCCAAAUAGCCUUUUAAAAAUGAUUUUGUGUUUUUUCAUUUACACUCGUAAUACAGUUUGAUAUAAAUAUUACGCUGAUGACUGAUGAAUGUGUGACGUAAAUGCAGAUGCUGUUGCAGGGCUGCUUGGUAGUAUAGUGAGGAAACCUUACUUCUCAGCUAGAUGAGAUGAGAAAUGCUUGGUAGUAUAGUGAUAAACCUUACUUCUCAGCUAGAUGAGAUGAGAAAUGCUUGGUAGUAUAGUGAUAAACCUUACUUAUCAGCUAGAUGAGAUGAGAAAUGCUUGGUAGUAUAGUGAUAAACCUUAAUUCUCAGCUAGAUGAGAUGAGAAAUGCAAUUCUGAAGAAAACAGUUUUAAGUUCAAUAUCAAACUGCUGUUUUUUUUAUAUAGUCAAUUCAAAUGUGUCCAAUGUUUUUGUAUCUUUAAAUAAUAUACUGAACAAAAAUAUAUAAAUGCAACAUGCAACAAUUUCAGAGAUUUUACUGAGU